UUAGAUCAAAGAGAACACUCUCUCUUGAUCAAGAUACAUUCCAAGAAUUCUCACAAACCCACUCCUUGAUAUUAGGAAAAACUCUCUAUUUUUUUCUUUCUCUCACUCUUCUAUAAGAUGAGUUGUUUCUGGGAUGAUUAAAACUGAAUGCAAUAGAGAGCUAUAUAUAGACGAGUCUGUGGUAGCUGGGGGGCACUGUUGCUACAGUAAAAAAUUUGUUUUUGCGGUGAGAGAUACUGUAGCGGUUAGGUGGUUAUUGUACAUGUGGUGGCUGCCCAAUUUUUCCAACACAAACAAGAAAGUCCACUAAUGAGUUGGUCUCUUUUCCCCUUGUCAAACUAAAGAAAUUCUUCUGGAUCAAUCUAAAGAAAUCCUUUCGCUUUCCAAAACCAUUUUCAUUCAAACCACAUUAAUUUUCAAACACAAACCAAGUCCAACGAAAGCUACUAGUCUCAAAAUCUAUUAACUCCUCUACCACUGCAUCUCACGAUGAAAGAUUCUCUGCAUCUCCUUUGACCUUGAUUAUAAAUCCCCUUAUAAUAAAUAACCCUUGUAGUUUUUCUACAUUCACCAAACAACAGUGAGUUGGUCACGUACAUACAUCAAGCUCCUCUUAUCUCAACAACUCAAGAAAAUAAAACCAGAAUUAAUAGAGGAAGAUACGAUGGCUGAGGAGAGCUAUGAUGCCGUGGUGGUGGGGUCCGGUUACGGAGGAUCGGUGGCGGCUUUCAGGAUGGCGAUGGCAGGGAUAAGGGUUUGUUUGAUCGAGAAGGGACGGCGAUGGGAGGCUAAUGACUUCCCGGAGCAUGUUUUUGGUCUAAUUUCGACAGUGAGGGUGGAGUCUAGGAGGUUGGGGUUCGGUUUGGGAUCGAAGAAAGCAUUGUUUCAGGUUCAUGAUCAAGGCGAUUCGGUGGCUGCUGUGGCUUGUGGUCUCGGUGGAGGUUCUCUAGUGAACGCAGGGGUCAUAGUACCAACUCCAGCACGAGUUAAAAAGGAUCCCAGAUGGCCAAAGGAAUGGAACAAGGAUUGGGAUCUAUAUGAACAAUUUGCUUCAUCGAUGUUGGGAGCACAAAGUAUUCCUGUCGAGUUUCCCAAUGCUAGGGUAAUGAAGCAAAUAGCAGAAGAAGAGAUUGAAGACUGCAGACCUGAUCCUAUAAAACUCAGCAUCAAUUUUGGCCAAGGAUCUCAACAGACAGAGAGUUGUCUCGCAUGUGGAAAUUGUUUAUCAGGAUGUCCUUAUAAUGCAAAAAAUUCUACAGACAAGAAUUACUUGGCUUCAGCAAUCCAGGAUGGAUGUGUGGUGAAAACUGAACGUAGGGUACUUUACAUCUUGAAAAACCCAGAUAUAAAUUUUGAAGAAGAUAAUGGUGCUGAACAAAGUAGAAGGUGGAGAGUAUACUUUGACGAUCUAGAAUAUAUAACUGCAGAUUUUGUGGUUCUUUCUGCUGGAGUUUUAGGGACAAGUGAGAUAUUUUUUCAAUCUAAAAGGAGAGGACUUGAUCUCUCUGAGAGACUUGGACUUGGAUUAAGUUGCAACGGAAAUAAUGUUGCUUAUGUUGCUGGAAGCCAAGCACCCUUGCAUGGUUAUGGACUUACGAAAAAGCAUUUUUUAGGAAUUCCAUUUCAGAACAGGCCAGGGCCAGCAAUUUCUUCAUCGUUUACUUCUUCUUUGGGCUUCACAAUCCAGAGUGGAGUGGUUCCAAGAUCAUACCCCUAUUUGUUGUUUAAAGGAGUAACAACCUACGGAUGGCCUAAUGGUUUCUCCUUCUUACAUGGAUUAAUCGACAAAUUGAAGCAUGUGAUGGGUUUUAAAGCUAGUGAAGCAGUGGUUCUUAAUGCAAUGGGUUAUGAUGCAUGCAACGGCAUAAUUACAUUAGAUGAAGAAACAGAAAAGAUAUGCGUCACUCCUCCUCAUGAUCCUCUUCUCCCUAAAAAGAUCCUAGCAUUUCAGAAUAUCACUAAGAAAUUAGGAGGUAUUCUAUUUAUGUCUAGAUAUCGGAGCACAACAGUUCAUCUAUUAGGGGGGUGCAAUGCGGCAUCAGAUGCAUCCAAUGGAGUUUGUAAUCCAAAAGGGCAGGUUUUCUAUACAAAUGGUGCUAAAGAUUUAGUGCAUAAAGGCCUCUAUGUAUGUGAUGCUUCAUUGAUUCCAUGUUCGAUAGGCAUAAACCCUUGCCUCACAAUUACAACAGUAGCUGAGCAAGUAAGUAGGAAUCUAGUGCAAGAUGUUUUAAACUUCAAAGGAACAAUCCAACAUCUUCAAACUAUUGAAUCUACGGAUUCACAUUCCAUUAGCGAAAAGCUCACUAUGAGAACCUGUGAAAAAGUCACAGUGAAAGAAACUAUGAGAGGCUUUAUUGGGGGAAUGCCAUGUACAGCUUAUAUUGUACUAAAGAUGAAUUCCUUGGAUAAGGACAACUGUGACCAAAAUGAUUCAGUUGUAGGCGACACACAAUAUCUAUUAAAAGGGAGAGUCGGUGGAUAUGUAGUAUUCCAAGCGGUUAAUAAGGAUAAACUCUAUAUUGUCGACGGAAAGGUGGACAUGUGCAAAAUAGACGCUAGAACUCCCUAUACACAGUAUAUGCACUAUAGACUAAUUUUAGCUGCAUCAUCAGGGUCAAGGUACAUUUUCGAGGGACAGAAGGUAAUGAAUCCCUAUUUACUGGCAAUGUAUGGUUUUAAAGAGUCUACAACCUUGCAUGUUAGUUUCAGAACACUCCCCACAAAUGAUUCUGAGGUACUGAUCAAUCUUAGGGGAGAACUUCACAUAUCAGUGUUUGAACUCGUGAAGAGUUUCUGGAGAUUGGAAGGGAAAUAUAGCUGGGAAUUUGUACGCUCUCUUUUACAAAGCCUUUGGAGAACUUAUAUCUUACAGAUACCUCGACAAAUAAAAUGUGACGUUGGCCUAUCAGACACCAUAGAAAUUCCUUAUCCACCAAGUGCAGUUCACGAACUAAAAACGGAAGAUGGAUGCACAAUAAGUUGUCAACAAUGGAAAUGCUAUGCAAGGAAUUCUGAAGAAGAAAAAAUUCGAUAUCCAGUUCUUUUACUUAAUGGACACUCAGGAGAGAGUUAUUGUCUACCAACUGAGAAAACAGAUUUGGUUCGAACAUUACUUGAAGAAGGACAUGAGACGUGGCUUCUUCGACCACGACUUCACCCUUCACAUCCUUCAAACAAUUUCACAAUUGAAGAUAUUGGGAAGUUCGAUAUUCCCUCAGUUAUCAAACAAAUUCUUGGGAUGAAUGGACCGAAUGCUAAGAUCCAUGUGAUUGCACAUUGUGUUGGGGGCUUAGCAAUCCACAUUGCUCUAUUGGGAGGCCAUAUUUCCGCAACUCACAUAGCAUCUCUCUCUUGCACCAACUCCUCCAUGUAUUUCAAGCUAACUACCUCUGCCUUAGUCAAGAUGUGGCUGCCUCUCAUACCGAUAACUAUGGCACUUCUAGGGAAGAACCGGACAUUGUCACUACACAUCUCAAAGGACAGCCUACGGCACAAGCUUGUAAAGUCCAUAGCCAAAUUGAUCCCGAGAAACGAACGAUGCACGUGCAAUGUGUGUGAGAUUAUUUCCGGCAUUUUCGGAAAUCCAUUUUGGCAUGCGAACAUUAGCAACACUAUGCAUCAUUGGUUGAACAAACAAAGCCAACCAAAACUCCCACUAUCAGCUUUCCCGCAUCUACGAAGAAUUUGCACCUCAGGUUUUAUUGUAGACUCUAAAGGUAAGAACAAAUACUUGAUACAUCCAGAAAGAAUGCCUCUCCCUACAUUGUACAUUUCGGGAGGUAGAAGUCUUUUAGUGACUCCACAGACAACUCUACUUGCUAAUAAGUUCAUGAGAUUGCAUCAACCUGGGUUUCAUCAUAAGAGGAUAGUAGUGGAGGAUUUUGGACAUUCUGAUCUUCUUAUCGGAGAGGAGUCUCAUAAGAGAGUUUUUCCUCAUUUUAUAUCUCAUAUGAAAUUGGCUGAGGCAGGAGUGAAAAAAGAGGUGACAGACAGCAGGAAGGAGAUUGUUUUAUCAUGGGACGGUUCUCAUGAUGGUACUGGAUUAUUGGGAGAUUGGAGCUCUUUCAUUGAUUUGUUGUUUUUAUUGUUUAUUAUAGCUGUUGUAAUAUUUCUCUUUUAAUGUGUAAAAGUAUACUGGGAAUGAUUUGUAGGAAAGUUCUCCCGUGUAAUGAAUGGUUCUUAUUAUGAUGAUGGAAAACUGGGAACAAGCACUUUCUUAAAUUUUAUUGAUUCUUUAUUGUAUUACACUUAACCUUGCACUAUGUAUAU